AUGUGCAUAUAUAAAAAGUGGACCCCUCCGAGAUUCGGUUGUCAGUUAAUGCCCAUCAAUCGAGUCCAUCCAGGCACAGCCAUGAGCAGCGCAUCGCUAAAGUUCUACCUGAUAUUUCUGCUCGUUAUCUGCGUGAUCGGUUGGAGUGCAGGAGCGCCCAGUUCGGAGCUCACACGGCAGGAACUCGAGGAGCGGUACCGUCAAACGCCGCCGGUUCCCGAUGAACGCGAUGCAGACGCCGAGGUGGACAGCGCCUUCGAUCGGUUUACUAUAAGGCCUCGAAGUCCAGAUCUGAAGGGCUAGACAAUCGAUUUGUGUGUUCUAUACGCAGUGCCACUUCUUAUGUUGCAUUCAGGGUUAUGGCUAUGUAGUUCUAAGCUUAGGCAAAAUGUACAAGCGUAAAAUAAAGCAAUUACUUUGGUGAAACGUG